AGAGACAUUACCCAGGUCCAGCAGGUUACUGGAGUACCUCUACUUAUUAUUCAACACUUUUUAGCUCAUUUUCCGCCCAUAUAGACGAGGUUUUCGCUCUAUUCAUAGAGCCAUGAAUCCUGAUAUCACACGAGAACGUCAAAAUGCUUCGUUUGACGUCGAAAAACUUACGUACAUUUUGGACGGAGGCCCGGAAAAGACCAAAAGAAGACGACAAAUUGAGGCGCUGGUUUUCAGUGACCCAGAUUUCAACGAGGACGACCCAAACUUCCUGUCUCGCAGCGAACGCUACGACCAGGCCGUUCGAAAAAGCGCCCAGAUGAUUCUGAAGCUCCGAGAGUAUGGCAUCGCCGACCCGGAGGAGAUCUAUCACUACAAAAGUAUGGUUAAAGGGAACCAGCAGGAACCUUUCGGGCUGCACGUUGUCAUGUUCAUCCCAAGCCUGCGCAGACUCUGCGACCCCCAGCAGGCCAAGAAAUGGCUGCCUCUGGCUGACUCCUUCCAGGUUUUGGGCACAUAUGCCCAAACUGAGAUGGGUCACGGCACACACCUCAGAGGCCUGGAGACCACAGCCACGUACGAUCCGGCCACCCAGGAGUUUGUGUUGAACAGUCCCACCGUCAGCUCCAUCAAAUGGUGGCCUGGAGGACUUGGGAAGACCUCCAACCAUGCCAUCGUUUUGGCCCAGCUGUACAGUUUGGGAAACUGCCACGGUCUGCAUGCGUUCAUCGUUCCCAUCCGUGACAUGACGACUCACCAACCUCUGCCGGGAAUCGUAGUCGGUGAUAUUGGCCCUAAGUUUGGCUUUAAUGAAGUUGAUAACGGAUUUCUGAAACUGGAGAACGUGAGGAUUCCUCGAGAGAACAUGAUGAUGAAAUACUCCAAGGUGGAGCCGGACGGGACGUACGUGAAGCCGCCCAGUUCCAAGCUGACCUACGGCACCAUGGUGUUCGUCCGCUCCAUGAUUGUAGGCGAGUCGGCUCGCGCCCUGUCCAAGUCCUGCACCAUCGCCAUCCGCUACAGCGCCGUGCGCCACCAGUCUGAGAUCCGGCCGGGAGAGCCAGAGCCUCAGAUCCUGGACUACCAGACGCAGCAGUACAAGCUCUUCCCUCUGCUCUCCAUGGCUUACGCGUUCACGUUUGUCGGCCAGUACAUGACGGAGAUAUACCACCGGAUCUCUGAAGACAUCAACCAGGGAGACUUCAGCCAGCUGCCCGAGCUCCAUGCCCUCUCUGCAGGCCUGAAGGCCUUCACCACCUGGGAAACCAACUCCGCUAUCGAAGUGUGCCGCAUGUCGUGUGGCGGCCACGGUUACUCCCGCAGCAGUGCCUUGCCCGAUAUUUACGUUGAGUUUACCCCAACCUGCACCUACGAGGGCGAGAACACAGUCAUGAUGCUGCAGACUGCAAGGUAUCUGGUGAAGAGCUACCGGCAGGCGGAAAAGGGCCAGCAGCUGAGCGGCAUCGUGUCGUACCUGAACGGGUCCCAGAACCGGAGGGUCCAGCCGCAGGCUGUGGCCUCCAGGCGCCCCCUGGUGGACAUCAAUGACCUGAGCAGCCUGGUGGAGGUCUACCAGCAGAGAGCCGCCACUUUAGUUGAGAUGGCGGCGAAAAGCAUCCAGCAGGAGCUGCAGCGCAGGAAGUCACAGGAGGACGCCUGGAACAACAGCGCUAUCGACCUGGUCAGAGCCUCGGACGCCCACUGUCACUAUGUUGUGGUGAAAGUCUUUAAUGACAAGCUGAAAGGCGUUGGGGACACAGCAAUACACUCUGUGCUGUCAACGCUGGCUCUGCUCUACGCCAUGCAUGGAAUCACAAAGAACUCUGGAGACUUCCUGCAGGCUGGACUGGUGAGCGUGCCGCAGGUUCUGCAGAUUUCGGUUCGCAUCAAAGAGCUUCUGUCCCAGCUGCGACCCAACGCUGUGGCGCUGGUCGAUGCCUUCGACAUCCACGACAAGAAGCUGAAUUCGGUUCUGGGACGGUACGACGGAAACGUCUACGAGAACAUGUUCGAGUGGGCUCGCCGCUCACCCCUUAAUGCCGCAGAGGUCCAUGAAUCCUUCCAGAAGUACCUGAAGCCGCUGCGGUCCAAACUGUAAGCUGAUGAAACGGACCUCCACCAACGGCUGGGAGCCUUUAGCUGCACAAUCCUCCUCUGUAGUAACUCGUUAAAUCAGCCCUGUGAUGGAUUUCUCUGCUGGUGUUUACCGCAGUUCUAGCUAUCCAUCCAUGUCAGUUUAACUCAACAAAUGCGACUAAAUUCCUGGUAGAUGGCAGAUAACUGGAGCGUCAUGGUGGUGACGGGGAAAUAGACCGAAAAUGUCUUUCAUCACCAGAAACAGACAUUUUUAAAACCAACAAAGAAGAAAUAACGAUUAGGAGUGCAUGAGAAACAUUCGUAUAGUUACUGUUUUUCAUUUAAAUUCUGCUGGUAUGAUUUCUAUAAUAAAUAGUUCAUGAAAGCAUCGUGUUUGAGACAGAAAAUAUGGAAGCUUUUUUCAUUUAACAGAUUUUUAGAAAUAUUGCACACUGCGUAUGUAUAAAUACUCCCAAAAAUCUAGUGAGUCACAAGCAUCGCCAAACCUGACUGAAGGAGUUGAUUCAACCUUUCGCUCGCUCUGAACUUCUCCUCCUUUCCUCUUUGAACUUUGACCAGCUUGAAUUUGUUGGCUUCCCUCCAACAUUCCAGUUAAUAAAAGUUAAUAUCAAUGCAUAAAUAGCAGGUUAACCAGAAGAUAACAGGAGAACAGUUUGAUGCUGGGAUUAAAUUAUGCACUUUGGGUUUGUAGUUUUAGUUCCCCUUUUUGCAUUUUUAUUUAAAUUAUGAAUGAUCUUGUGUGUUUGAAAAUCACAGCUUGUUUUGAUAUGGCAGGUAAAGCAUGUCCUGUACAAAAACAAUCUUUUAGGAAAACCAUUUUGGACUCCUGGCAACAGCAAAAGAUAACAGAAUCCACUUUCUAUGCGCAGCCUGGAGUCUGUGCGUUAGUAUUAUCCCUCCCUACCAUGUGGGGACGCAUUAAAAAGUUGCACAUCUGGGUAGCUUCGUUUUUAAAGCUGUUGCUUUUAACAGGACACAUUUCAGAACUUUAAAAACUUUGCAAAGUUUUACUUUACCAAUACCAGGCUAAUUUAUCAAAGUAAAUCGAAUUAAUUUUAAUCAGCAGUCAGAUUGGCACUGAAUGGAAAGUAGCUGUAAGACUUUCGUAUUUUUGUACAAUUUUAGGACUGUAUUGAUAACUUGCUCUAAAGCGUCACUAUAACUUUUAAAGCUGAUUUGUGUAUCAAUAUGUGCCUGAUGAAAUGUUAUUUUCAUUAUCUAACAGAUGGAGGGUGUUUUUGCACAAUAGUUUCUGUAUUUUCACAAGUGGUGAAACCUGUGAUUUCAACGACGACCGUUGUCAUGUACUGACUAAACCGUUAAUCUCAUGGGUUUUGAUUUUUGUGAGGAUGACAUUAUUUUGUGCUAAUCUAAAAUGUAGUAAUUUAACAAAGAAUGUAAUAAAAGAAAGAAACGAUUGUAUUGU